CUCCCAACGCCAAGUGCUGACGAGCAGGGGGCUUCGCCUCAAAAUCCCAUGUCGGAGCUAGCGACAAUGUCAGCUUUUUGCAGGGUCAAAUCAGCCCUAUUGGCCUCGCAGGAGAUGAGGUGCAGCAUGGGUCACAGGGUACAAAAGUUGAUAUUAACCCGGCAGCUGACGUCUGUGAAGGUUUUUGCAAUGAUCGUCGUGCAUUCUUUUUCCGCCAACGGCUUUCCACCCGAACAUCACAGCCGAGAAUUACUACACCAAGACGACAAGCACUGACGACUGGUUCUCGACAAUCAUUCAAGCGCCGUGGCGACCUGCUAAUUGCAACUUACUCCAUCAUGAUGAACCUCGAGAGGAGACUGGCCACCAUCUGCCUUGUCGGUGCGGCAGUGGCGUCGGCAGCGAAAGUCUGCGACUUUGAGUGCACAACAGCCCCGUCCAUCAACUCGGCAACAAUAGAGAACGAAUUCUGUGCCAAUGCUUGGAACCCAGAGCCGACUGGCUUCCAGUGCCUCGAUGUCGCCGCGGACGCUGCCUCAUUCCAGGCCGACUGGCACUGGACCGGCGGCGCGCCCUUUGCCGUCCACUCGUUCCCACACGUCAACCUCCACUCCGCACGCAUGCCGGUUAAGCUCGCGAACAUAACAAAGGCGAACGUGGCCGUGAACUGGGGCAUGGGGCCGAACGAGACAUUCCCCGCGGGCAACACCCUCGUCACCGAUGCGGCCGCCCUCGACGCCACCAAGACGAUGGCAACCAUCGCCUACGAUCUCUGGAUUGACGAGGAUCCGGAUGUCGCCUCCUCGGCAGCCGAGGCCAAGUACGAGAUCAUGAUCUGGGUGGGCCACUACGGCAACCCGCAGCCCAUCUCGGAUAUCUAUCCCUCCGUGCCCAAGGGCACCAUCACCGUUGACAAGCAGGCCUUCACUCUGUACGUCGGCAAGAACGCAGUCGGCCAGACCGUGUGCAGCUGGGUCCUCGACGUCCCGUCCACCAACUUCAAGCUCGACAUUGUGCCGCUCAUCGCCGACCUCGUCAAGAAGGAGCUGAUCCCGGCCGCGGCGUACCUCGGCGGCGUGCACUUUGGCGUCGAGGCCUUCUACUCGGCGGAGACGAUGGCGUUCGUCGCCAAGGACUACACCCUCGCGAUCAGCGACACCCGCGGCGCGGACGUCUCGACCAGCGCGUCGGGAACUCCCACGAGUGGGACUCACAACCCGGCCCAGACCAUCGACUGGGCGAUCGUGACUCCGAGUGGGCAAGCGCAGCAAUCGGCGUCGACGACGCCAUCGGCCGCGUCGCAGUCCUUGUCGUCGCGUGUGAGCGUGCUGCAGCUCUGUGGCUGUGUCGUUGCAGGCUGGUUGGCUGCUUAUGCUCUGUGAGAAAAGUGAUGAGAGAGAGAGGAGAGGAGCACCGCCCUAUUGAGAGCUUGCAGAUGAAGCAUCACCAUCAGCCCGAGAGCUGAGGACGGCGGAGAGUGUGCGCCGUCUGGCACAGAAUGAGAUACCAUAGCGUUUGAUCUUCCGAUAGAAUUCCCCCCUUUGCAUUCAAUGGAAUA